AUCAGGUGAUUGUCAGUUCGCUUUGUUCAAAAAUUGUGGUGAAGAAAAAAUAAUAAAUAAAGAUAUUUUGAGGAACUUUCUAUUGAACAUUCGUGCUCUGUAAUCGUGAACUUCUAGUGCACAAACGGAUGCGCUGAAGUUAGAAGUUCACACAGCAAGAGGUACAAGUGGGUGCCAGCACCGAUGCUCUAGAAGGUCUAGCAGCGAGGAGCAGCCACAGCCGCCAUGUCGUCGGUGAAGGUGGCGGUCCGGGUCCGCCCGUUCAACUCGCGCGAGAUCGCCAGGGACUGCAAAUGCAUCAUCGAGAUGUCUGGCAAUACUACAAUUAUAACAAAUCCAAAAGCACCGCCGGGCAACAAGGAGGGCGUGAAAAGCUUCAACUUUGAUUUCUCUUACUGGUCGCACAACCCAAAUGAUCCGGAAUUCUCUUCCCAAAUUAUGGUGUACAAAGACAUUGGCGAAGAAAUGUUACAACACGCUUUCGAUGGCUACAACAUAUGCAUAUUCGCGUACGGGCAGACGGGAGCGGGCAAGUCGUACACGAUGAUGGGGCGUGGCGAGGACGGCCAGGAGGGCAUCAUCCCGCAGAUCUGCAAAGACCUCUUCAGGCGCAUCAGGCAGACCACCAGCGAGGAUCUUAAAUAUUCAGUAGAAGUAUCCUACAUGGAGAUCUACUGCGAGCGUGUCCGCGACUUGCUGAACCCCAAAAACAAGGGCAACCUGCGCGUGCGAGAGCACCCGGCCCUGGGCCCCUACGUGGAGGACCUCAGCAAGCUCGCCGUCACCUCCUACCAGGACAUAUACGACCUCAUCGACGAGGGGAACAAGGCUAGGACAGUGGCCGCGACCAACAUGAACGAGACCUCGUCUCGCUCGCACGCGGUGUUCACGAUCUUCUUUACACAGCAGCGGCACGACAAAACCACGGACCUCAUGUCAGAGAAGGUGUCAAAGAUCUCCCUAGUAGAUCUGGCCGGGUCCGAGCGUGCCGACUCGACUGGCGCUAAAGGCACCAGGCUGAAAGAAGGCGCUAACAUCAACAAAUCUCUCACUACCCUCGGAAAAGUCAUCUCGGCGCUGGCUGAAAUCGCGUCAAAGAGUAAGAAGUCAAAGAAGGCCGACUUCAUUCCGUACCGAGACUCGGUGCUCACGUGGCUACUGCGUGAGAACCUCGGCGGGAACUCCAAGACGGCCAUGAUAGCUGCCAUCUCGCCCGCUGAUAUCAACUUUGAUGAGACACUCAGUACACUGCGAUACGCGGACCGUGCCAAGCAGAUUGUUUGCAAGGCGGUUGUCAAUGAAGACGCGAAUGCAAAACUCAUUCGUGAGCUCAAGGAAGAGAUCUUCAAGCUCCGAGAACUGCUCAAGGCUGAGGGCAUCGAGGUGGAAGAAGGACCAGAUGGUAGAGUCGUUUACGAAAAGAAAGAACCGCCUACCACAGGCGAAGAGAACGCCUCUCCCAUCCGCAAGAAGAGCGAAGCUGAAGUGCUGUCUCCGAAACUGUCUCGAGCCGGCACCACCAUCGCCGAGGAGGCUGUCGAUCAGCUGCAGGCGUCUGAAAAACUUAUUGCUGAACUGAACGAGACAUGGGAGGAGAAGCUCAAACGUACCGAAGAGAUUCGCCUGCAACGCGAGGCCGUGUUUGCAGAAAUGGGCGUCGCCGUGAAAGAAGGCAUCACGGUGGGCGUAUACUCGCCCAAGAAGACGCCGCAUCUCGUCAACCUCAACGAAGACCCUAAUCUCUCUGAGUGUCUCAUCUACUACAUCAAGGAUGGCGUGACCCGCCUAGGUACAGCCGAGGCGAACGUCCCCCAAGACAUCCAGCUGAACGGUUCCCACAUCCUCAGCGAGCAUUGCAUCUUCGAGAACACCGACGGCGUCAUCUGCCUCAUACCGCACCACGGCGCGCUCGUCUACAUCAACGGACGCGAGGUGACAGAGCCGAUAAUUCUGAAGACGGGCUCCCGUGUGAUCCUGGGCAAGAACCACGUGUUCCGUUUCACGCACCCUGGCCAGCCGCGCGAGGAGCGCGUCAGCAAGGAGAACAACAACAAGGAACAGCCUGCCGACAAUACUGUUGCUGAGCCCGCUUCUGACGCUGGCAGCGACACAGAAAACGGCACCAUCGACUGGGACUUCGCCCAAUGCGAGCUGCUUGAGAAGCAGGGCAUUGACCUUCGUGCUGAGAUGCAGAAGCGCCUGGUUGCUUUGGAAGAGCAGUUCCGCCGCGAGAAGGAACAUGCUGAUCAGCAGUUCGAGGAACAGAGGAAGAACUACGAAGCCCGCAUCGACGCACUACAGCGCCAAGUUGAGGAGCAGAGCGUCACUAUGUCUAUGUACUCCUCCUACACGCCAGAGGACUUCCACAACGAUGAGGAUAUAUUUGUGAAUCCCCUGUUUGAGACAGAGUGUUGGUCGGCGCGCGAGGUGGGGCUGGCCGCGUGGGCGUUCCGCAAGUGGAAGUACCACCAGUUCACCUCGCUGCGGGACGACCUGUGGGGCAACGCUAUAUUCUUGAAGGAAGCCAACGCAAUAUCAGUCGAACUCCGCAAGAAGGUGCAAUUCCAGUUCACUCUGUUGACCGAUACCGCGUACUCGCCGCUCCCUGCUGAGCUGGCCCCACGGGACGAUGCCGAUGACGAGUAUAGACCCAGCGCGCCCACUGUCGUCGCCGUCGAAGUUACUGACACCAAGAAUGGCGCUACGCAUUAUUGGACCUUGGAGAAACUGCGCCACCGCCUGGAGCUCAUGCGGCAGAUAUACAACAUGAACGGGAGCGCGUGCGAGGAGGACGACGAGCCGGUGCUCGAGCUGGCACCGCCGCCCGCCGUGGCCGCCCAGCUGGCAACAGCGCCCGGCGCCGCGCCAGACAUACUGCAGUGCAUAUCGGCGUGCGCGCAGCAGACGCGCUUGUCGCUAGCCAACCUGCUGCCCUCGAGACAACGCCUGGAGCUGAUGCGUGAGAUGUAUCACAAUGAAGCGGAGCUGUCGCCGACGUCUCCCGAUCACAACAUCGAGUCCGUCACCGGCGGGGAUCCAUUCUAUGACCGGUUCCCCUGGUUCCGCCUGGUGGGACGGAGCUUCGUGUACCUGUCGAACCUGCUAUACCCGGUUCCACUCAUUCACAAGGUAGCCAUCGUGAACGAGAAAGGAGACGUCAAGGGCUACCUCCGCGUGGCCGUGCAGGCGGUCAUCGACGCCGACAAGAACAAUGCUGAAUUCGUAGCCGGCGUGAAGCAGUCGGCGAAGAUAUCGUUCGACGACGACGUCGCGCCCACGCGUUCCCGGCUCAAAGCGCUCACCAGCGUCGAGAAACACAACGCGCUCAAUCUGGAGGAGCGCAUCGCGGAUGGACAGGACUCCAACAUCAAGAUUGAAGAGAUGGCCGUGGGCGAGUGCGACGCGGACAGCGGGCGCGGCGACAGCUCGCUAGCCUCAGAGCUGAAGGACGAGGAACUACCGGAGCACCUGGCGCUCGGCCGCGAGUUCACCUUCCGCGUCACCGUGCUGCAAGCGCACAGCGUGGCCACCGACUACGCCGACGUCUUCUGCCAGUUCAACUUCCUACAUCGCAACGAAGAUGCGUUCUCGACGGAACCCGUCAAGAAUACAGGAAAAAAUACACCACUCGGUUUCUACCACGUACAGAAUAUCACGGUACCUGUGACGAAAUCGUUUGUCGAAUACAUAAAAACGCAACCGAUUGUUUUCGAAGUGUUCGGUCACUACCAGCAACAUCCAUUGCACAAGGACGCGAAGCAAGACGGGGUGGUCGCCGGGCGCACGCCGCCCCGGCGUAUGCUGCCGCCUUCUAUUCCAAUCUCGGCGCCGGUUCGCAGCCCUAAGUGGGGCGCUGCUAGUGUUGCACCUCCCUGCUGCUCGAGCCAUCUGCAUUCUAAACACGAUCUGCUGGUCUGGUUCGAGAUUUGUGAACUGGCGCCUAGUGGCGAUUACGUGCCUGCGGUGGUAGAACACAGCGACGACUUACCCUGCCGCGGGCUAUUCGUGCUGCACCAGGGCAUCCAGCGCCGCAUCCGCAUCACCAUCCUGCACGAGCCCUCGUCUGACCUGCAGUGGGCCGAUGUCAGGGAGCUCGUUGUUGGCCGCAUCCGCAACACGCCAGAGGCUAACGAGGACACAACAGACGGCGACGAGGAUGGCGCGCUCUCGCUCGGACUCUUCCCGGGAGAGAGGCCCACGCUCGACGACAGGGCCGUAUUCAGGUUCGAGGCGGCGUGGGACAGCAGCCUGCACGGCUCGCCGCUGCUCAACAGGGUCAGCGCCAAUGGAGAAGUGGUCUACAUCACGCUCAGCGCUUACCUCGAGGUGGAGAACUGCGGCAGACCAGCCAUCAUCACAAAGGACCUAUCCGUGGUAGUGGUGGGUCGCGAGGCCCGCUCGGGACGUUCCCUAAAACGGGCCCUGUUCGGGCCACGCGCCGCCCGCGCAGACCGCAUCGCCGGAUUAUACGAGCUGAGCCUUCACCGGGCUUUGGAGCCAGGUGUACAGCGACGACAGAGGCGCGUAUUGGACACCAGCGGGACGUACGUGCGAGGCGAAGAGAACCUCCACGGCUGGAGGCCACGCGGGGACUCGCUGAUAUUCGACCACCAGUGGGAGUUGGAGAAGAUGACGCGGCUGGAGCAGGUGGGGCGCACGCGGCACUUCUUAGCGCUGCGCGAGCGACUGCGCCACGGGCACGACAACUCCGUCGCGCCCAACGACUUCACCAAGACGGAGAAGGUGGAAAACUUCCUGGCGCUGCGCGAGCGCCUGCGCCACGGGCACGACAACUCCGUCGCGCCCAACGACUUCACCAAGACGGAGAAGGAGGUAUCCAACAUGGCGGCGAAGGCGGCGGCGGAGUGCGCGCACGCACCACGCGAUGAAUCCGCGCACCAGCCGUGGGAGAUGACGCCGCGCGAGCGCGAACUGGCUACGAAAUACAUCAAGCUCAUACAGGGUCGGAUAGGCUCCGGCGGCAAGGAACUAGAAGCGGCCGGGUCGCCCGCUACCCCAGUCGACGAAGGCGUGUCGGCCGACCUGUCUACGCCCAGCCUGCUGUCGUCCAUCCACAGCGCGAGCAGCUUCGAGUUAGUGCUACACCUUUGCGUUAAACUGAUAUCUAAGUUAUGCUCUCCCGAGCGUGCGCUUCUCGAAAAGUCCAUGUCUGGCUGGGCGGGCGCGGCGGGCGUGGGCGGCGCCCUAGCGGCGGGCGCGCUGUACGUGCCGGAGUGCGAGGAGGUGCGCGUGUCGGCGGCGGUGGCGCGGCGCGGCCAUCUCAACGUGCUGCAGCACGGCACGCAUGGCUGGAAGAAGCGGUGGCUGGUGGUGCGGCGACCGUACGUGUUCAUCUACCGCGACGAGCGCGACCCCAUCGAGCGCGCGGUCAUCAACCUCGCCAACGCGCACGUGGAAUAUUCUGAAGACCAGGAACAGAUGGUCCGCAUGCCCAACACAUUCAGCGUGGUGAGCAAGGAGCGCGGCUACUUGCUACAGACGCUGGGCGACAAGGAGGUGCACGACUGGCUCUACGCCAUCAACCCGCUGCUGGCCGGACAGAUAAGGUCGCGCUCGGGCCGGCGGCUGGCGGGCGCGGCGCCGGCAUGAGACCACCUCACAAUGGAGUCUAUCCUCGUUUUUUAAGCGGCGCGCGCGCACGCGUCACGUCCGCAGCAAGCAUCCCGCCGCAAGGUAUUGAAACGGCCCAGGUAUCACUUUGUGUCCUCGCUUCACUUGAUCGGGUAAUGAAGACGGAUAGGAUUGUUAUAUCGGUUGGAAUUGACUAGUAAGUAUGUUCUCUAGACAAAGUUACAUUCAUGACAGAUUAAAUCGAAAUCGCUUCAUGGUUUCACAAAAAGCCGCAGCGAAGCGAUUUCAGAAUUAAAACUGUCACUAAAGUAACUAUCUCUAGGGAGCUGAAGGCAUACAACGCGAGUACUCAAAAGGAAUGUCAAACUGUAAAACACUAUCCUUUUGUUUUCUCUUCAGCGUUGUAAAACGCAAUUAAGAAAACUCGUAAAUAUUAUAAAGUUACGCUGACAAUGCGUUAACGCGUUUUAUGAGAUAAAAAAGGCAUUGGGGAUGUAAGUUAUAAAGAAGAAUGAAAUCCGUCGUCAUUACGUGAUAAAGGUUGUGGUAGUAUACAAAAAGCCAAUUUUAUGUGCUACACGUAGGUAAUAUUUUACAAUGUUUAUUAAACUUGAUGUUGUAAUUGUAACUCUUAUUACACAAACUAUUUCGUAGAGGACCUAAAGUGAAUAGAAUCCGUCAAAACAGAGGAAUUAUAUUCGUGGCUGGUUUGGUAGAAAGUUUCCUUCGCUUGAACAUUCGUGUUUAAGCUCGAUGUGCGAAAUGAUCGAUUGUGGUCCAUUAUAGUCUGAUUUUAUUGAUAUUUCUUUAUAUUUUAGGGACCACAAGAUAAUGGUAUAGGAAAAAUAUCACUAAAUAUUAUGAAUCAAUUAUUUUAGCAUAUCCCCAAUUUUUUAACAGUAUUAAUGAAGUCUGCAUUUAAUGCAAAUACGAUCUAUACGUAAUAUAUAUUUAUGUGUUAUAACGUUUUGAUCGUUUACAGUAACCAUGUUUGUAGUAGAAUGCCAAGUGUGAGCGGGUGGGACCAAACCGGUGCACUGAUAGGGAUCGGGGUAAAGAUAAUAAUACUAUUUACAGAAAGACGAAUUUUACCAAUCGGAACAAUAAAAUGUAUGGGUAUAGUAUAUCAUAUGGCUGUUUCAAUGUCUAUUAGGGAGGAUGCUCGUUGUUUAUAAGCUGUUUACAUUAAUCUAUCUUAUUUAAUUGUAUUUGUAAUGUAUGGCGGUCUUUGGAUCACGAUGUUCUUUACUUAUUAUUAUUGUAAUUUGGAAGCAUUGAUCAAAACGUGGAUGUUAGAUACAUUUGUGUAUUAACAGGUUAAUCAUCAUUAAAUACUUCUUCAUUGUUAUUGAAAUAUCAUCAAUGCUUGAUCAUAAUUAUAUUGGAACAUUGUCGACGUUCGUGAUGCGAGAGGCAGCGACGCAACCUGCGAGUUGCGCACAAGUGUGCGUCGGCGUUGCACGAUAGACUCCAUUUCUAAAGGCGAGACAAGAAUGAAUUUAAUAUGAAUUGUAUUGUGAAAAGACAAAUCACUGAAAAUACUAUAUAAAAUUUCUUCUAAUGUUGGAUACAUUUAUUAAUGUAAUUUACCUUGUAUAUACGUAUGACCCGAAUGGUAGAAUAAAUAUAUUUUGAGGCUCAAAAGGCCGACUCGAUGAAGGCAUAGUCCGUAUUCGUAUGAUGUCAUACGUAAAGUUUCUUUCACGUUUUAGUAUCUAUUGAUUGUAAAUACAUAACAUUAAUUAUAACAUUGUAGUUAAAUAUAGACUAUGCGUUACAAAAACGUAAGACAUUUUUAUUAUUCUCUACUUAUUUGUAGUCCAGAUUUAUACUUUAUGUUGAUGUUUUGUCUUUUACUAUCGGUUCUAUUGAGAUCUUUAAACGGUUUGUAUAAAGUAGGUUAAUAUGGAUGUUACUGGCGUAGUUUGACCGUUCUAUCCCGCGCCUGCGGGCACAUAUGAUUGUAUUCUAGUCAUGUACUCUCCGCGUAGUACAUCGUAUGUGAUAGAGUAGCGCCAUAGUUACAUCAAUUCUGUGCUGCAGAUCACUUUGUAGUAUGUUUAUAGAUUGUCUAUGUUACGUUGUUCACAAACAAGUUCACAAGGUUAUUCGAGUUGUCCAUAGACACCGUAAUAUUUAUACAAAACAUUUAUAUCAUCGUAGCUAGUUAAUGUAUGUGACUGUAGUUUUAUAUGGAUGAUGUUUAGUUUUAUUCCUUUCGUCUAACAGUCUAAGUCCAGCAUUCUUAACUCUCGUUACCGCUUGAUAAAUGUUGAAUAAAUAAAUUAUUAUAAAGUCACUGUACUAUCGCUUCUAGGUGACUAUUUUCAAUUCGUAAUAAAUCGAGCAAAAAUAGUUCUAUUUAUGACAACAUUGUAAGCUUAAGUGACUCAGUCGUUGUAAAUAACUUAACCAUUUGGUACAUAACCCUCGGAUUACAGACGGCACUCGAGUUGCUCCGCGUUGUCCGGUCACCGCUUACACACUGAUGUAGACAUACUCGGCUAACACUAGGUAAUAUCCUGAUAAUAAUUUAGCAUAGACUAAAAUAAAUAGGUGUAAGAUCAAAAAGUAUUAUCCAAAUUUAGACAUGCUGUGUGUUAUAAUAUUUCUUAAAAUUGAAAUUAAUACAAUUAUUGUCGUUGAGAUUAUGUAAUGUAUUACUUCCGUUGUAUGAACUAUACUAUCGUUAGUUUUCUUCCAUCUAACUCGAGUUCGUUUCGGCGGUGUUAAAAUUUUUCAGGAACAUAUAAUAUGAGGCUUAUGAAUGUCCAAGAAUCUUAAUGUAUAGUCGUACGUCCUUCUUUCUCAAUGAAGUACCUAGCUUAUUUAUUUGAAUUCUCUAAUAUUUUAUGUGUAAUAUGAACGAAUAAAGAGAUCUCAUAUUAAAAUGACAUUAUAAUAUUGUAAAUGAAACGUUUUCUUUUCUAGUCAUUUUGUAUAACAUUACAUGUAUGUUUACCGUUUCCUUUUCAAAUAAUAGGGUAAUGUAUUUUGCAUAGCAAAAUGGUGUUUACGUAGUUGAAUAGUGGGCAGGAAUAAUAAAUCACGUGUGAGUAUGCGGUGGGUGUUAUAUGAUGUUUUUUGUAACUAUUUAUUUAUUCUUUUUUCGAACACUUCGUUUGCAAAGUAUGUUUAUUUGUUAUAUUUUUGUAAUUCUAAAGAGAAAAUUUAAAUUAGAGAUUGCAGCCGAGGCUGGAUUAUAUUUUUAUAGAGUAUACUGUUUAAGCUAUACCGCUAUUUUUAUAGGAGUAGCAGUUGUUUUGUGUUGAGUUGUUUCCAGUUCGAUUGGUUUGUGCCGUCGGCGCCUGCGCUUCUCUCGGCUCGCUUCGGGCGGCGCCCGGUUUGUGAUUCGAUAGUGAUUGUUGAUUGUUGGGCGAGAAUGAUAUUUAAAAAAUUAUAUAUUCUAUAUAUAAUUUAUGGAUUUCAUUCAAUUUAUGAAAAUAAGAACAAUGUAAUGAUUGGUAAUAUUACUCAUUGCUCUAAAUGUACUAUCAAAAUAUAUUAUACACAGUGUUAAAGGUCAUAAAUAAAAUGCUUUGAAAAUUUCCA